AGAGAGGGGGGACGGAGGUGGGGAGGAGAAUCACAGCCCGUCAUAGAAUUGUAUUUUAUCGUCAGCAUCUGCACAGCAUCCUCAGCCUCUGUUACCGCUCCCCUCCCCCCCUCACCUCUGUAUCGUCCUUUGGUCGAGGCCGGGGCGCCUACUCUUUCCUCCUCCCGUUGCCCUGAACCCUUCUCUCUCCCUCCUUUUCUUUCCUCCCUCCCUGCGUGCCCUGGACAGGCUGCCCCCGAAGAGGUGGAAAGGGAGAGCGGCGGGCUGCGUGCCGAACACCCGCGCGCGACUCAGCCGCAAUCCCGACCCGUGGCUCGAGCGGCGAGCGCGAGUGUGGCAGCUGGGGCUGCGGGGAGACUGGGUCUGGGGUUGUGGGGCCUUUGGGAGUCUGGGGCUCUGGGCGAGUCAGUCAGUGUGGUUGCCGACGUCCGACGGGUGGGGUGUGCUGCUAGGCUGCUCGUGGCUGACGCGUUCCUCGCCCCUGUAGACUCUCGCCCCAAGCUUUGUUUCCUCGCGUUCACGUCUUCAGGAUAAGCAGGUGAUCUUGCCUUGCCCUCGCGAGCCCUCACGCCAGCCGCCGCGGACUGGACAUUCUCGCUAUGAAAGUUUCAAGCACAUAUUUUUUUGGAUUUACACGCGGCAUUUGACCGCGAUGAGUCUUGCCCCGAACUCCGAUGAAUGCCAUCCUUCAGCGUGUGUUCCGAGGCGCUGUGAGGCGCUCUGUCCCCGCCUGGCCGCGACACGCCACACCAGCAUGAGAGGAAGGCCCAAGUCUACCUUGGAAGAGCCCCUCACCAAGAGUAAGAAGAGGAAAUAAGUGAUCAUGAAGUUUUUGGGGCGGCGAGAAAAGGAACGCAGCCAGGAAGGAGGCUACUGGCCCUGGGUGAGACUGCAACUCCCUCAAUUGUAGGAGAAAGAUUCUAAUUUAUUGCGCCUCUGUGUCUCGGGUGUUGAGACUUCGCCGAGGCGCGAGGUGUGGAGCGCCAGCUUUCCUUCUAAAAAUAAAGAAAGGAAAUAAAGAUUGUACCCAUAGGAUGAGAUGCAGUGGUGGCAUCUCACUUUAGCAGCGGGAGGCCGAUAAUUAAACCUCAUCUGGCCGGCAGGGAAGAAGGAGGAAAAAAGGUAAAAAAGCAAGAGAGGAGGAAGAACAGUCUGUGCAUCCGAGAAAUAACAGUAAAACUAGCAUGAACUUGUACGUUAUCGUGAUGACGAGUAUUACUGAAGUGUCAGACGUGCCGCAGCCGCCCACCGUGAAGGAAGGCUAGUAUUAUGUGUGCGUGGCAGCGAGCGACGCCAACAGUGAUUGUUUGCCAACAUGGAGCGACCCCUUCCGAGACGACGAGCCAGGGAUGACCACGACGACUUCGGCUGGGGUCCUGCGAGGUACGACCCUCGGCAGUUCCCCUUCGCUCUGGCCAGGGCCAGUCAGUUGGCGGGACAGGGGGCACCGUCCUCCUGCUCCUCUCCGGUGCGCCAGGAUGACCGGGAGCGGCGACGACGUAGAAGAAGAAACUCUGGUGAGCGGGAGAGGGAUGGGUCAGGGCGGCGCGGCAAGGGCGGUGGGCGGGAGGAGCGUCUGGCCCUCCCGACUGACUACCGGAGCGCCCUAGCAAAGUUCUCCCCACCCGUCCCUCACGCCCUUCUCAAGAAGAUUGGCACCAAGGACGUCCAGGGUCUCGGCAAGGUCCGUGUAGUGCUCCGUGUGUCGCCCGCCGUGCGUGUCGGGGAGGGGCAGGAGGAGGUGGUCACUCUGGACAAGCGUCGGCGCCAAGUGACCCUCGUGGAGCCCCAGGCCCGCCAGGCACAGGAGUCUCGGCUUGGUGUUGCUGCUCCGAAGAUGUUUGCCUUUGAUCAAGUGUAUACCCAGGACGAUCCUCAGAGUGAAGUGGUAUCGGGCGCCGUGGUGGACGUGCUACAUGCUGUCCUGGCUGGAAAUGAUGGGUGUGUGCUGUGUUUCGGAGGAGCAGGAUUAGGCAAGACCUACACAAUGCUGGGAUCUCACACCGGACCAGGGGAACUUGGGGUAGUGCCCUCUGCCGUAGCCUGGCUGUACCGGGCCAUCGUGGAGCAGAAAGCCAAGAGUGGUGCCAGAUUCAGCGUGAGAGUGUCCGCCGUAGCAGUGGACUCAGCUGGUGCCAUGCUGACUGAUCUUCUGGCGGAAUAUGCCCAAGAAGGAGAAGCAUCACCAGGAGCCCUGCUGAGGGACACCACAGGUGGCUACCUCUCAUCUGUGGCAGAGCUGCGGGCACCAUCCCCUGAGGCAGCUGCCCACUAUUUAGAUGUUGCCAUUGCUGCCAGAUCUUCUCUUGCUGCACAACACCUGCAAGCCAGCCAACAGCAGCCUCUGGUCACCUCAGGAUCAGCCACCUUACUCUACACACUCCACAUCUACCAGUAUGCAGUAGACAAGUCAGGCAAAGGUGGUGUUGUCGGUGGCCGUAGUCGCUUUCACAUGAUUGACGUGGGUGAUAUGACUGGGAGUGGUGGUGGCAUGUCUCUGUCCUCCCUCACCUCAGUACUGCUUGCCAUAUUCAACGGCCAGCGGUACCUGCCCAAUCGGGAAAGUAAAUUAACACUCCUACUGAAAGAAGCACUGGGCUCUGUGACCUGCCAUGCUGCUAUGGUGGUUCAUGUGUCUCCAGCACCACGCCACGUCCAGCACACCCUUGCCACCCUCCAGCUUGCCUCCAGGGUACACCGGAUGAGACGCAAAAAACUUAAGGGUCUUGGAGGGUCAGGCUCUGGAGGAAGCUCUGAGGGUUCGCAUGGAAAAUCGUCUGGAGAAACUUCUGCUGGGUCUUCAUCAAUGGACUUCUCCUCAUCAGAACAGUCCUGUGACACUGUCAUCUAUAUUGGGGGUGGUGGUCCUGGGGACACCACAGACAAUGAGCACCCACCUGUAUUCAUGCCACACCACACUAACCAGCAGGUGUGGCCCAUUACACGGCUGAGGUCCAUGGAGCACUUGAGGCCACACUCAGCUUCCCCAACUCCAGCGUACACACGGCGAGCUGCUUCUGCCAGUCCCACACCAACUUCGCGUUCAGUGCCCAAUGCUCACCCUCAAAUGAAGCCCCGCCCACCACCACGUACAGUCAGCACUGCCAACAACUCUGCUGGGAAAGUUGCCCUUGCAGGUGGCUUUAUACGACACCAACCAGGCGUGAGCCACAUAGCUUACAACAACAACAAUAAUGCAGCACAGCAACCACUUCUUUCAUCCUUCAAGCCACAAGUUGCUCUUGGACCUCUAGUUCCUGGUGAUCUGAGACAUUUCAAUUAUAAUGCUUAUGAAGAACCAAAUAAUUUGGUUCCUAUGUUUCAACAAACUAGGCUUCCUAUGUCUGCCCAAAUGCAAAAUCAGAGGCAGUUAGAACAGCAGCAACAGCAACAACAGUUUCACCAGCAACCAUCACAACAGCAGCAACAACAGAUGCAGUUGCAGCAACAAGCACACCAACUGCAGAAGUCACAAAAACAUCAACAGUUACAAAAGGUUCAACAGAUGCAGCAACAACAACUUAAGUUUCAACAACAAUUACAACAACAACCUCAAAAUGUUCACCAGUUGGUACAACAUCAACAGUAUCAACAGUUUCAGCAGCUGCAACAGCAGAAUCAAAAACUCAUUCAAAUGCAGCAUUACCAACAACAUAUGCAGCAGCAGCAACAGCAGCAGCAGCAGCAGCAGCAGCAGCAGCAGCAACAACAACAACAGCAACAGCUGCAGCAGCAGCAACAGCAACAGCAGCAAUCACAGAUGCAGCAGCAAGUGCGUCACCUUCCCAAAGGAGCAGUUGAUGGUGUGAUAUCUGACGAGCAGUGGAUUGAUGGGCCACGGGUGCACAAGUCCAGGGUCACAGCAGCUCAGAAAAUUAAAACAAAUAAAGCUGAAACUUGGGUGGAUGGUCCACAGAUGACUCCAAUAGGUUAUGGCUUCAUGGAUGACCACAAGAAGACCAUGAUAGAGCAGUGGGUGGCAGUACAAACAGCACAGGUGGUGCAGCAACUAGAGCAGCAGCAGACUGUGCCUGCCCAAAUGCCUGCUCAAGCUCCUACCACCCAGCAAGAAUUCACCCACCUUACACAGUUCCGCACAUGUGAGGAAUCCACACUGGACAGUGACCAAGACACACUCAGCGAGGAUCCACCCUCAGGGCCAGGCCGGCCAACAGGUUCAGACAGCAACCUGCCACCACAACCAAACCUUAUUGAAGAGCUGGAGCGGAAAAAUCUCAUUCCUGCUGAGACCUCAAAUGAGACUGAAGAAAAACCAAGUUCUCCACAUAGUGAACCAGAACCUCUGCCAAAAGAGCCAAUCUUGGAUGAGAAGAGCACAGAGCCACACUGCUCACCAGAUGAAGCCUCUGGUGCUGAUGAGCCAUCUAUUGAUGACAUAUGCUCUCAGUGUGAAGCCUUAGCUGAGGAGUGUGAGGAGCUGAGUUCCCUUCUGUCAUGUGAAGAAGAGGAGUGCAAGCGUCAAGCACACCAAGGCUUAGCCACGGUAUUGGAGGAACCUGAGCUUGAGGCAGACAUGAUUGGUGAGGACCAGGACCAGGACCAGGACCAGAGCAAAACACUGGAUGGGGAAGAGGGUGAGGUGGAAGAGAGCACAGAGGCCACCCAUGAUCCUGUCAAGAGGGGAUGGGUGAGGCGGUCAGUAGCUUCAUCUGGCACUCACCACUCCACCGAGUUGAUUGAGGUCCAGGUGCCAGAUCAUCCAGCAAUCACCAUGGACUGUUGUGUGCAGGUCUGUGAAGAAGACAUUCUGCGAGCUUUGGCAGACACACCUUGCCAGAGUGAAGUAAUGAGUGUUGAGACCAGUGAUGAUCACCCUCUCCGGGUCCUCUCUGAAGAAAAUCUCACUUGUGCUUCCACAUUCACUGAUUCAUACUCUCAGAUUGGAGAGACGGGUGAUGAAGAUGAUUCAGAUGAUGACGACUCUCGACCCUUCAGUCUUUUUGAGGUGACGGACUAUGGCAGAGUCUGCCAAGACCUGAGUCUGGCUCUUCAGUCCAAUGUAGCCAAUCGCAACCUUCAUGAGUUAGCAAAAAUUCAUGAUUUGUAUCGCACUCUUGCCAGACAGAGUCCAAGGGUUCAUGCAGGAGGCCCAAGGCUACAGGCAGCCACACUAGCAGAAAUUUUAACCAAUAGCCAUGACCCUCUGCUAGAGGAAAAGAAACCUCUUGAAGAUGACAGCAUUUGUAGUGAACCAGCCCAGGCAGAUGGAAAGCUGUGCCGUCAGUGUAACAAGCGACAACUGCAUCACGGGGACAGUAUUCUGAGGCUGGAAUCAGCCCUGAGGAGCAAGUCACAGUGGCUCAGUCGACCGCUGGACACCAUGGAGGAUUCUGCAAGUGACAAGUGCAUUGGAACAGAGGACUUAGAUUUCCCGGAGGAUCAUUGCACAUGUGAUGUCCAAAGUGAUCUCGUGCCGUAUAUUCCUUCAACGUUUUUCAAUUUCUCUCCCAUUCACAAUCCUGAUAGCCUGUCACAUGCAAAUCUGACACGCCAAGCCUCAGAAGCUAGUCUACGUUUAAUGGAUGCCCCACUGGCAGACUCCACUGAGAAGUUAGUAGAUCGAGUGCCUGUCAAUGGAGUGCCACUCCCAGAGUUUAUAGAAGAUGUUGAAGCUAAUGUUGUCCUCUGCAACCCAGUGCAAUAUGAUUACACUAAAGAUGAUGACUUGUUUGAUGGAAAUGAUGAUCGGACAGUGACUGGGAAGAGUGAUAAUGAGAGUGACUGUGUUAGUAAUAUAAGUGAAGAUUCAGAGUAUAUGAUGCAAACUUCUAAACUUUCUAAAUUCCUAUGUGUAGGUGUUGGUAAAAGUAAAUCAAAAACCCCUUAUAAAGUAGCAAAGCAGAAUAAUAAUAAAAUUAUAGAAAAUAAGAAAAAUACAGCAAAACUUAAAGAUUGUAAAGUUAAAGUUCCAGCCAAAAGUAGAGAAAAUUCAAAAUCUCCAGAUCGUAAUUCAAAAAACUUGAUAAAGUCUCCCUCCCGAGUGGUCUCACAAAGUGCAGCGAAACAAAGUGUUAGCAGACGAAGCGAUACCUCCCUCUCAGUCCGCACCCGUUGGGGAAAGUCAGCUCGUGUGGGGGCAAGCAAGCCCCCUCCUGUGGGCUCAAGGGGUAACUACAGAUACACAUGCACCCUCAUGUACCCCCCUGAUGCUGCCACGCCCACUGAAGGCUACGACUCAGGCCAUGACUCUGGAGCAGCAACCCAAGGCAGUGCAACUCCUUUGGAAUGUGCUGAGUCUUGGAGAACUGGCCAGAGUCUGCCUCCCCACCAGCACCAUGAGCACCACCACCACCCAGCUACCAACAACGGCUCACUAGGCACCAACCCAUCACUGGGUGAGUCCUCUGGCUAUGAGAGCAUUCCACGGGACUCAGAGUGUUCCUCCUUCAGCUCCUCCCAGGACUCCGAGAUGGACGAAGAACACCGCAGGGAGGCCCAGGCCCACUCUUCAGGUCUUCUGCCACCUCGCACUCAGCCCAAAACUCAGCAUCCUGGUGGUCCAACCAAGGUGCAAGUCGAGGACUGGUCUGAGGAAGACGUAAAGAGAUACGAGGGCCGGCCGAGCGCUGCCGAGGUGCCACAGCUCAGGGCAUACCGACAGCAAGUGUUGUCUUUGAAAUCAGAGCAGCAGGCACUCAAGGCUGACCUUGCCCAGGCCAAGGGAAGUCUUAAUGUGCCCUCUGGCUCCUGGAGCUACGAACGUAAGUCAAAUUACAUGUAAAGGAGGAUUCACCGCUAGACAGACGCACUUAUGUGGAAGCACUCGCGAGGGAGACGAUCAUUUUACGCAAACGUGUGGCAGCUGCCCAGAGCCGCAUCCUUUUGGCCACAUCAUUCCUGCCCUGCCAGCGACGACGGGAGACCCUGAUAAACUGACAGCCACGGCUGCUCUGAGAUCCCAGGAUUUCUUACUCUCACUCUUUGUGUUCCUCUUUUUGGCCAUACUGUUUGAAAAUAUUUGCAAUACAUUUUAGAGUCCACUUCAUUAAUUCAUGUAAUUUAUUUAUAUUUAGUCAUUGGUUGGUGAUUUGCUGUACUGUGCUCAGCAUCACAGACUCCAUUGCAAUAAUUCUGUCACCUGUGGAUGAGUGACCAUGUAACAGUUGCAUACAGUGUGCCCUUGUCUGCUGAUUGGCCUACAUAUUGCACUCAAUUUCAAGAUACAAGAUUAUUUCUAUCCCCAUACUUUUGAUUCUUAAUGCUGCACUUUUUAAAGUGCAAUAAGUGGAAUAAGUAAGCCAGUCAGUGCACAGGAGCAUCAUCCAGUAAGUGUCAUCUUGUGCACAUGUCCUCUGGCAAGAUUACUGCCUGAGUCUGAUGAGACUUUUGGUAUACAUACUUGUAUAUUAAAUUGUUAAUUUUUUUUAUCUGAGAUGACCAGCAUCUAGGGACCAAAGUGCCACAAUAAAGGAAGUGCAAAAAUACUGCUUUAUUACAGAAAAUUACAAUUACAUUCAUGCCUUUACAGGUAGUGUGCUCUCUCUCUCUCUCUCUCUCUCUCUCUCUCUCUCUCUCUCUCUCUCUCUCUCUCUCUCUCUCUCUCUCUCUCUCUCUCACAGCCCACAGGCCCCACAGUAUGUUUAUAAACCCACAGUCACUCACCACAGCCCCUCACCUAAUAGAAAAAGUCACCCACCCACCCACCCACCACAGCCCACAGGCCCCACAGUAUGUCACCCACAGCAUGUUUAUAAACUCAGUCAUUCACCUAAUAGAAAAACACUCCCAUCCCUCCCUUGCCCUCUUCUCACCACGGCCUCCAAUGCAUACACAUUCAAACAUUCAUAAGCAUACCUUUACAUCUUUGGUCUUCUCUCUACUCUUCACCAAUCCACACUGCACAAGGGUCAGUCAGUUACGCAGCAUUCAUGAUCUUUUUCACAUCAGGAUCCAAUGGCAGAGCUAAGAUAAAAGUACAUAAAUGUAAAAUUGUUUCACUUUUACAAGUUUUCACUUUGCUUGAUAAUAUCACCAUAACUGUGUUUGUGGUGAGUUCCCUGUCAUCAACCUGCACGCCUGUUUGACAAUGUACGAGUAUAUCUGCCAUGGAAAACCCAUGGCAAAAUUACAGGCAUGCAAGUUGGUGACACAUGACUCACCUGUCACAAUCACAUAAAAUGAUCUUUCAUAUCAGAGCUAGAUAUCCUUUUGACUAAUCUCAUUUCUACCAUUCUCUCCUUACAAUGUGAUGGGCAAUUUAUUGCUACAAAGACAUCUACUAACUUCUGGGUUCGACCCAAGCUGGCAUUUUGGUCUUCAGAUGCUUGGCACCUAUAUUGUACUAGAACCUUUCCAUUAGAUAGCCAUAGAGAAAGUCAAGGCAGGCAAUGGGCGCCAUUCCUGGAUUGUGGUAGUAAAUAACCAAACUCGUAACAUACUGCCAUUGUUGUCAGAUAAUCUAUCAUCAUUAUCACUACAGUAAAAUAAACUGUUAUUUUCAAUAAGCCUUUACUACAUCCCCAUUUACUGGCUAAUCCCACCAUGUGUGUGUGUGGAGAAAAAGAGAGAGAGAGAGAGAGAGAGAGAGAGAGAGAGAGAGAGAGAGAGAGAGAGAGAGAGAAUGCCAUUCAUGUGAUAGCCCCUUGUCACCUCUCGCACACAGCAUUCUGGCAGCAAGAACAGCAGUGACGGGAUUGGCUACACAGUCUGACCACUACUGGCUGUGUUACUGGACAGCAACAGAUGUACUUUUGUUACCAGUUAAACAAACCAUGUAGACACUCUUUGGUCCAUAUACUAGAAAGAUGUUUAUGCAAGAGUUGUUAUACACUUAGAUGUGUAAUUUAUUUAUUUUUCUUUUGUUUAGUCUAAGUCAAUAGAGUAGGAUUUUUUUUUUUUUUUUCUUUUUGGUGAAUGUGAUUCUUAUCUGUAUAUUUGUGAGCAAAUGGUUCUUGUAUACCUGAAGUGAUGCCGGAUUAUCUCAGUUGCAUAAUGGUGUGAUUUACAUAAGUUCACAGAAUACACUCUAAUAUAUAAUGAAUGUACAGUACAUUAGUAGAUAGCAAUUUACAGAGGUUUGUCCAUGUGCAGAAGCCAUCAAAGGUACAGAUGAGCUCUAUCUCUUUUCUAUAUUUAUAAAAGUGGUCUUUUGCCAGCAUAGUCAUGUAUUGUGUAAAAUAAAUGAUUGUUUAGUUACAAA